UUUUGAAGCAAAAGCAAAACUCAGAAACAGAAUCAGUUUUUGAAUUCUGAUUGUACUCGGUGAUUGAAGUGAUGAUGGAUGUGGAGAAGCAGAAUCUGAAUUCAGAGUUUCCGUUCUGGAAACCCAUUUCUCGUAGGUUCCAACCCGAUUCACUUUUCUUUGCUCCCGGCAACGUCGAACGUGAACUUCUUGUCAAACAGGUUGCCUUGGAAUUAACAGAAGAGAAAGAACAGCUUGAGAAUUUGAUACAAGAGGAUGGAAGGGAAGUCUUCUGUCCCAUUGUUGGGUGUGGAGUGUGUUUGCCUUCAAUGGAGGACUUUGAAAAUCACUAUAAUGCAAGACAUACUGCGUCCUGUUCUGUGUGUUCUAGAGUCUACCCAACGUCGCGGUUGCUAAGCAUACAUGUAUCCGAAGCUCAUGAUUCUUUCUUUCAAGCAAAAGUUGCACGCGGCUAUGACAUGUAUGAAUGCUUAGUGGAAGGUUGUGGAUUGAAAUUCAAAAGCUACAAAAGCCGGCAGCAGCAUCUGGUUGACAAGCAUAAAUUCCCGACAUCAUUCGAGUUUUACAAGAAGGCUCUGCCUUCAAAGAAACAUAGGCUGAAGUCUCAGCGCAAACAAUCUACUCAUAAGGAAGAUACUUCAGGAAUGAUGGAAGUGGAAAAUGCAGCCAUAGAUGACCUUGUUUCAGCAGUCUCUAGAUUGAAUACUUCGGACUCCACUCCUUCAUCUAUCAGCUUUGGUCGCCGCCACACCAAAGGCUUGUCAUUUGUCCCUCGAGUGGUUCAACGUGGGAGGGGAUCAAACUCGGGUUCAUCCAUUCCAAAGAGAUAAUAAUAAGCUUCCACUGAAACCUAUCUGCAUUCUUGAUUGCUGAAUGAACGAUCUUCGGAUGUCGUCGCAUUAUAAAACCCCGGUGGAUUUCUUCUGUCCCAAGGUUGAAGAAGCUAGCUGAUUAAGUCGGAGAUUGGAAAAUAGAAUUAUGCUUUUAUAGUAUCUUUUUGUGCUCUAACUUGGGCUUGUAAUUUAGCCUAACUUAGGCAUUGUGCCCUUGCAAAUAUAUUUGGUGAAUGGUGUGGAGAUUGAGCUUCUUUAUAGACUGAUAUUGUUCUGUUAAAUUCUCACCUCUUUACUGAAUAGACGGUUUGUUAUUAGUUUUGAAAGAAAUCACUCUUACAACUUUUUGUAUGUUUGUAAUUGCUAAUGAAUACCAAGCUUUGAAGUUAAUACUCGUUAA